GGCCAAGUAGAUUUGGCCAGGAAUUAUUGUAAGCGAUUAACCCACCCCUGCUACCUUUGAACAACACUUAUGGAGAGCUACGUGCCAUCUCGUGUUUUAUUCAAUGCUCGUAUAAGAUUAAGAGCCCAGCAGAAUGCGUGCGCCAUUGUACCACUUGGUAGAGUCAAUUGGCAUCUCGCGCCACCAGGUGUAAUCAACCUACUCAGAUCCCAAUGAAGCUGUGUUCUCUGCUUCAAGUAUGAAUCGCACUACGAGAGUGGAGGUGCUUGCACUUUGUUCAGUCUUGUUUUCUUUGGUGUGGGGUAACAAGUUUCCGAGAUCUUCGAAUGAAAAUAGUCCUGAGGCUUUGGUCAUACCCCCAAGUGAAUAUUUCGAGGGAAAUGAUGGUCCAUGGAGUACAUUCAAUCUUCGGGUCGGAACUCCAGAACAAGACGUCAGGGUUAUUGUGUCUACGGCUUCUCCAGCUUCAUUUGUCGUUUUAUCGGAAUACGGCUGCUCGACGUCAGUUUUUGACACAGUCCCAACUGAUUGUGCAGUCUCCAGAGGCAAUUUGCUGAAUCCAAAUGAGUCCUCGAGCUGGCAUGAGCUGGGUCUAUUCGGAAUAAACGAGAAUGGAGUUGGUCUUGAAGCAAACCUUGGAUAUUCUGUGAGGGCGGACUUUGCGACGGAGAGAAUAGGUCUCGGUCUUACCGGGCCAAUUCUGGAUAACCAGACUGUUGCCGGUAUCGCUGACGCAGAGCCCUUCUAUUUAGGGUUGUUCGGGCUUAACAGCCAACCCCUCAAUUUUACCUCGUUAGGCAACUUCUCUUCGCCUUCAUUCCUUACUACGCUUAAAGACCGAGGCCUUAUUCCGAGUCUGAGCUGGAGCUAUACUGCAGGCGCGAGAUAUCGGCUCAAGCAAGUAUAUGGACAAUUGAUCCUUUCUGGGUAUGAUACAUCGAGAUUUGUCGAGAAUGAGGCUUCUUUUACUAUGGCGGGUGAUGUUACACGUGAUCUAGUAGUUGUUCUUCAAUCCAUCAGUUACAGUGGCUCAACUUCAACGACUCUUCUCUCUGACCCCAUCGACAUUUUCAUCGAUUCUACCGAUCCAAAUUUAUGGCUGCCUGGGGAUGUAUGUGAUGCUUUUGAACAAGCAUUCGGACUUAUGUUCGAUAGCAAUAGCGACUUAUAUCUGGUGAACGAGACUCAACACACGACGCUGCUCAACUCAGACGCAGAGGUGACAUUCAGGCUCUCUGAUGUACAAUCUGGUGGCGACGCUGUGAGGAUCGUUCUUCCCUAUGCCGCAUUUGAUCUCACAGCCAAAUACCCCCUAGUUGAGAAUGAGAGCUACUAUUUUCCGUUGAAACGUGCCGCCAACUCGACUCAGUACACUUUGGGUCGCACAUUCUUACAAGAAGCUUACCUCACUGCAGAUUAUGAGCGUGGGACUUUCAAUGUGUCGGCUUGUUCAUGGAGAGCGGGUGCAGAAGAGAAUAUCGUCACAAUACCUUCCGAGGACUUGUGUAAUUCGUGCUCAUCUGAUUCAGGAUCUUCGCCCCUGAGUGGCGGUGCUAUAGCCGGUAUAGUGGUUGGCAUUAUAGUCGCUGCUAUUCUAAUCGGCGCUGCAGUUCUGUAUCUGCUUCGCCGAGAAAAAAAGAAGAGGGUAUACGCUGCACAGGAGCCACCACUUGACGUGGCUGUUAUCACAGGUCCAGUACAUAACCAUCACUCAAGCAGACGGACAGGGAAAUAUUAUUCACCUGAUACUGUCGGCACUAGUACAGACGCCGGCUGUAGCGAAGACAAUAGGAAUACUAACGGAGGAAGUAUCAAUAACGGAAGCAGUCAGCAAGAGUUGGAUGGUCACGAUACGGAAGUCAGACGCACUAUAACACCAAGCGAGGAUGAUACAGAUAUCCACCAAAUAGGUAGAGAAACCGAGGUGCCUAACGAUCAGCCAGCACCUGUAUAUCAUGAACUUGGGGGAAAAGAAAUCAACAAGAUGGAGUCAGAUACAGUGUCCAACUUGGGCGGUUUGCCUCCGGGUAUUGAGAGAAAAGGGGAUGAUCAUCUCGAUUCGCCAUUUGUAUCUACGCUGGGUAGCGCAGGGUGGCAGGAUGAGAGGGCGGAUAGAUCAUCAAAGCUCGUCUCUCCUAUUACACCGACCCGGCGCGGCAGUCAACAGGUCGAAUUGUAGUCAGUGUAUGACGCAAGUUAGUCGAGGAAGAUACCGUAAAAGAUAGUGGCGAGGCAUGUUGUUUCUGUAGAUUGAGGCGAGAACAACACCAGAUCCCGUUCUUCGGUGAACUGGCUUAUCCUAAUCGCCAAGGUCAAAGUCUAAGCCGACAUUGUGCCUCACGCGGGAUUUCAAAUCAGAUGUGACCUGCCUCGAUGGACAAGAGACCGCACUUGAGUUAGAAGAUUAAGCACUUAGCUCAUCGGAGCAUCUGAUUGCUGUUGAAUACACAUUGCCCAGAUCAAUUGAGUUGACCAGUUU